AUGGCUUCCGUCAAUUCAAUAUCAUCAGGGAAGGACAAUGAGGAGGAACGUGACAUCAUGCAUGACGACGUGAUCGAGGACGAGGAGCAGGAGGAUAUCAGCGCAGAGCUGGAUGCCUUACAAAGGGAAUAUUUGGAGUAUCAACAGCGACUUGACGAUUUUCUAUCACCCCUAUCUUUAGAGGAGGCGGUUUUGUAUAGACUGGCACGCCGCUUCUCCGGCACAUACCGGCAUUUGGCUCUGACUUCGGAUCAGCAGUUUCUGCCGACCCCUGUAACACAGCUCCCUACGGGUGAAGAGACGGGUCGCUACCUUGCCAUUGACGUAGGUGGCAGUAACCUGCGUGUUGCAUUCAUCGAGUUACUAGGCGAGGCUGUUGAAUCCGAUGUGCGCCCUGCAGAUGCUUCAGAGAGGUCGAGGCACACUAUUCGCAAAGCUCAGCGCCAGCGAGUGAAACGGACUUUGGAGCGAGCAUGGCCAAUCCAGGAGCAUUUGAAGAUGGACAAGGCUGAAGACUUGUUUGCUUGGAUUGGGGACUGCAUCGCGGAGGUCGUGGCAGAGAGCUUGACCUCGGACGCUACCAAAAAGGAUAUUCCUGCUGAACUGGAUAUGGGUAUCACAUUCAGUUUCCCGAUUAUGCAAGAAUCGCUGGCUGAAGCUACGCUGAUGCCGAUGGGUAAAGGCUUUGCUAUAACAUCUAACCUCGAUCUACGUAACAUUCUUUUGAAUGGAUAUGAGAAGCACACGAGAAGACCGGAUGAUGAAGACGAGCCUUCAUCCAAACGUCGAAAGCUCUUUGCCCUACCAAAGUUGAAGAUCCAGGCUAUUACAAACGACACCGUUGCAACUUUGGCCUCGCUCGCAUAUGCCGUCAAGUCUUUACCCAAUAGCCGAGUUGCUAUGGGUAUCAUCGUUGGCACGGGGUGUAACGCUACCAUCCCGAUGAAACUCAGCGAACUACACGAAUCCAAGGCCAAGAGCGUCAAUGCAAUGGAGCCGUCAGCUGUUCAAACAAUCGUCAACACCGAGUGGACCAUUUCUGGCGCAGCACCUCCACUGCGAGAAUUGAAUAUCACCACGAAGUGGGACGAGGACUUGGAUAAGGCAUGUGCACGUCCAGGGUUCCAGCCAUUCGAAUAUAUGACGGGAGGUCGUUAUAUCGGCGAAUUGAUCCGCCUGAUUCUUUUCGAUUACCUGACCAACAUUGCGGGCCUAUCGAAGCGGAUUCUUCCGGCUAAUCUUAUUCAAGAAUACGCGUUGACAACGACAUAUAUUUCCGACCAUGUCGCACGUGCACGUUCUGAUCAAGACCUCGCAAUAGACCUAAACCAGUCUCUCCCAACGCCUGAAAGCAGCGACUGGCGCUGGGACGCCCGCACGGCUGGCGCAUUCCGAAAAAUCGCCCGAGCAGUGCAGCGACGAUCGGCCGGGCUAAUCGCAGCAGCUGUAAUUGGCCUUUUAGCCUGCUGUCGCGAGAUCGAGUUAAAGGAGGACAGCCACAGCAAUACCCCCGAGACCGCCGCUUCCCCUCUAAGCAACAGCGAAAUGCCAGGUCCCGACGCAGCUGCUACGCCAACCCUUCUCAGCAACAAUGUUCAUGGCCAUGUCGUCCCAGUCUUGCAACCCACGCAUGCAGACUGGCAAUCCGGACCUGAGGAACUCGUGGUCGCGUACACGGGCGGUAUUAUCCAGCACUACCCGCAAUUCAAAGAGAUGUGCCAGCAACACAUCGAUCGACUUAUUAUGCGCACUGGCCCGCAGCGGGGAGGAAAAUCGGUGUUUUUACGAGAAGCCUCUGACGGAGGCGUUAUCGGCGCUGGUGUUCUGGCGGGCAUGGUUGUCAGCAAGUGA